AUGCAGAUGGUUCUCGAACAAUUGGCUGUCCUCAAUGCUAAGUUCGAAGAUUCCAACCGACCCUCUAGGACCAGGCAUUUGACGCCAACACAAGAGGAGCUCGGUAUGUACGCAUUGGAUGAGAGAGUCGAAGGUGUGAACUACGUGGCCAAUAACUCCUACUCGAACACAUACAAUCCGGGGUGGAAGAAUCAUCCCAAUCUCUCCUACAAGUCAAACAAUGUGGAGAAUCUCAUGCCGAACAACUUCAGGGCAUCCAACAACUCGAACCAGAGGAUUUCUCCCAGUUUUGCUUUUCAAUCCAGGGGUCCUAAUCAGACAUCCAACUACAGAGCUCUGGGGCAAUCCUAUAUCAAUGCCACACCUCCAGGUAAUCCUGAAUCCAACCCUGAUACACACAUUUUGCUUACUACAGUUUAUACAGAAUCAAGAGAAGGCGAACCAGGAAUUCUGAACUCAGUUCGCAAGUAUCGAUGCUCACUUCAAGCUCAUAGACAACCAGAUUGCUCAGCUAGCAUCAGCCUCUCAAAGACUGUCCGGAUCUCUUCCAGUGGUAAGCAGGUAGACGCUGAAGACCGACCAAUGGUUGAGCAAGGAAAAACCUCGAAGACUGCAGUUGUAGACAUCCCCGAUGAUGAACCUAAACCGGCUUACGUGCCUCCUCCUCCUAGGCCACCACCAGUACCAUUCCCAUCUUGCCUGAGGAAGCACAACGAAGAUAGCCAAUUCGCAAAGUUUGUUGAGAUGUUGAAGAAACUCGAAGUAACUAUGCCAUUCACUGAUGCUAUUUUGCAGAUUCCCUCGUACACGAAGUAUUUGAAGGACAUCCUAACCAAAAAGAGGGUCGUUGAGAAAGAAACCAUAGCGCUUACUGCCGAUGCAGCGCUUUGA